AAGAUUUAACAGAAUAUAGCAUAAAAAACCCAAAAUUGAAGAAGAUGUUAUUCUCUUUCAAAUACAUUUUUAUUCAUCAUUCAAAAUUCUUGAAUGUGUACAAAAUUAAAAAAAGGAGCAUAUAUAUUCAAGAUUCUUAAACCAUAUAUGAAUUCUCCAUAAUAAAGAAUAUGCAUAGAUGUAUCAGAUAGGUCUCGAGGGGCCUUUUGGUUCGCGAUUGAUGUAUCAGAUGAGAUUUGAGUUUGAUGUGAAUUCUUAGUGGCAGUUAAGGAAGCUACUGAGGCGGAGUGAACGAAUCUUUGAUAAACAGUUGGAUUCCACUUCCCGUGUUGAGAUCAAGGAGGUGGAUCUUCCGCGUAUUGUCAAUCGUUCCUUCAGGUAUACACUGAAGGGGACGGGGAGUCAAAAGUAGCAGACUGUAAACCCGACCUCUUGUUCUUGUUUGUUGUAGACUUCGGAGAAGAGAAUAGAGGCAUUCGUCAGCUUACAUGAGGCCGUUGAACACGAAGAAAAGAUGGAUGUUACCUCUUAUUAUAUGCUCAGUUAUGUCUGUUUCCCUUCUUGCAACCUUCUUCAACUUGGGCAUCUCGAUUUUCCCAUCCCGUGAUGUGGAGAGUCAAGUCACCUCGUUUUUUGGUGAAGUAAAAGCUCAGCGAGUUCCAAGUCCGCCUCCACCUCCUCCGCCACCUUCUCCACCACCUCCUCCUCCUCCUGCACCGCGUUUUGCUUAUUUCAUAUCCGGAUCAAAUGGUGAACUAGGUCUACUCUGGAGGACGUUGAAAUCGCUGUAUCAUCCGUGGAACUAUUAUGUCGUUCAUCUGGACUUAAAAUCGUCAGUAGAGGAGAGACUAGGGCUUGCUUCAAGAGUUGCAAAAGAACCUGUUUUCGCCAAGGUUGGAAACGUGCACGUGAUUACGAAAGCAAACAUGGUGACAUACCGGGGUCCGACCAUGGUCUCUAACACGCUACACGCGGCCUCUAUUCUCCUGAAGAAGUAUAAGCACUGGGAUUGGUUUAUUAACCUGAGUGCUUCUGAUUAUCCCCUGCUAACUCAAGACGAUCUUCUCUACGUGUUUUCUCAAUUAAAACGCGACUAUAACUUCAUCGAGCACACAAGCCGGUUGAGAUGGAAAGAGGCGGAAAGAGCAAUGCCGCUUAUUAUAGACCCCGGGCUGUAUCAGAGUACUAAGUCCGAUAUAUUUUGGGUUGCACCAAGGAGAACUCUUCCUACAGCCUUUAAACUCUUUACCGGGUCAGCUUGGACGAUCUUAUCACGUGCAUUUGUGGGGUAUUGCAUAUGGGGUUGGGAUAAUCUUCCGCGGAACCUACUUAUGUACUACUCGAAUUUUGUGUCCUCUCCUGAAGGCUAUUUCCAUACUGUUAUCUGCAAUGCACCAGAGUUUACGUCGACUGUUCUUAACCAUGACUUACACUAUAUCUCUUGGGAUGUCCCUCCGAAAUAACAUCCACAUAUUCUCAGAGUCAAUGACAUUGGGAAAAUGGUAGCGAGUGGCGCUGCAUUUGCGCGUAAGUUCAAGAAUGAUGAUCCGGUUAUGGAAAAGAUCGAUCAAGAAUUUCUUCAUCGAUGGAAUGGUAGCUUCACUCCAGGUGGUUGGUGCGCGGGUAAUCCACCUUGUUCCAAAGUUGGGAACCCGAAAAAGCUUAGACCGGGUCCAGGCGCUCAGAGGCUUAGACGCCUCAUCGAUAGACUAGUUGACACAGCCGGUCGCAACCAAUGUAAGUAGAUUUUUUCGUUGUACUUUCCCUGUAUCGUUCCAAUUUUAUCAGAUGUUACUUUUCCCUGUAUCGUUCCAAUUUUAUCAGAUGUUUUCGAAGGGAUCAAAAGAGUAUAAAGUUCACUGAGAGAUUCAAAUCAAUAAAUAUUGUUCAUUGUACUAACUUUUGGUAAUGCAGAAAAAAGAAGUGUAGUUACAA